CGGGACUCCGUAUCGGCUUUUCAUUCGCUUGUGUGGCACUUGUUCUCCAUCUUUCCCCAGUUCCUUUGCGUUUAAACAGGCACAAUGUCUGACUACGGUGACCACGGUGACGAGGACAACUAUGACUUCGACGCCGGUCAGGACUACGAUGACAAUGAGCCCGAAGACUUCUUGAACCCCGAGGACAUUGAGGGCGUGGAAGGCGCAGAAGCAUACGGAGAGGAUCACUACACUCCCGCAGUCAAUGGAGAUCGUGUUGUCGUUUCGGGCGAUCCUAGCGCCGGAUACUCGGGGAAAGUGAUGGAGCAAGUGCGGGAAAGGAAGGUGCCAAACGACCAGCGCACGACAACCCCAUACAUGACCAAGUAUGAGCGGGCGCGUGUUCUGGGCACCAGGGCCUUGCAAAUCAGUAUGAACGCUCCUGUGCUUGUGGAUCUGGAAGGAGAGACAGAUCCCUUGCAAAUCGCCAUCAAGGAACUGAACCAGAAGAAAAUUCCCCUCAUCGUGAGAAGAUAUCUGCCUGAUGGAUGGUACGAGGACUGGACAUGCGAAGAAUUACUCUAAAUAAAAAGAUGGAAUGGGCGGCUGUGUAUUGGAAAUUGGGCUCUUUCUAUUAUCAUGUACGUUCUUUCAUUCCUUGUGUGCAGCAUAGCGUUUGGAGUUUUGGAGUAGGAAAGCGGACCAUAAUGGCUAGCCAGCCUUGGUCACUGGGAAGGGAAAAAACCACAAAACGAUAACGCAGUACAGUUUAUUGCAAUAUAGAAAAAGAAAAAAUAGUUUUGAU